UAACAACGCAAGUGUAUUCGGAAGAUACAAAUAUGCGCCUAAGUAGUAUGUAUGCUGUAUGAUUGGUACUAUUUUGUACGUACAACUGAGUUGUCUGUCGAAGCAUACUACAAUAUAUAUAAUUGCACAGCUGAGCAAGCUCGAUAACAGGUCCUGAUAGGGUUUAGAGCUUUAUCUAAUCAAGAUUUUGAGUAGUAGACGAUUAUAGUCUUUCUAACAACAAGGCAAACUUAUCGACUAAAAGAGGGAUAACCCAGUACAUAUUCGAACAAUUUAUUGGGCUGUAUGUUUUAAAAUCCGGAUAAAAUGUCGUUUCAGAAUAUGGGCCAGAAUGGACAUACCAAUGGAAAUGACAGGGGAGGCGCGAACAACAGCCAAUAUGUAUCGCAGGCCUCUUCCCAAGCCGGAGCUCGAUCUCAGGCUUCUUACAGAAGCAUUGCACGGAACGUGUCGCAGAACGUGUUCCGUAUCUCCACCAAUGUGGACCGGAUUAGGAAACUGAAUGCGCUCUUGGGGGGUUCUAGAGAUACCCAUCGCAUGCGCGAAGAAUUGAAGAAAUUGAGAGAAGAAACUAGAGAAAUCGCCAGAAACACCACCGAUGGUAUUAAGCAACUCACUUCGCAGUCGUGGGAGGGUACAGACCAAGAAAAACAACGGAAUAAGAUGCAGCUCAAGAAACUGUCGCAACAAUUUGCCACGCUCCUGCACGACUUUGAGGUGCUGCAAAAGGAGAGCAUGAAGAAGGAGAAAGAAAACGUGAGCCAGGCCAAGGAAGAAUUGUCACACAUGCAUGAGGAGGAGCAAAGGGCGAAGACUGGGGCAAACGAGAAUACGGCAUUGCUGGGCAACCAGCAAAUGUUUGCACAGAAUAUAACACUGGAUAAUAGCAUAGAAUACAAUGAAGCUCUUAUCACGGAACGCGAGGAGGGCAUCAGAUCAAUAGAGACGUCCGUGCUGGAAGUCAAUGAGAUAUUCAGGGAUUUGGGUGCGAUUGUAUUGGAGCAGGGUCAAAUGCUGGAUGAUAUCGAACACAACGUAGUUUCUGUGGCCGAUUCAGUAAAUGCGGGUGCUCAAGAAGUAAGGCAUGCUGAAGAUUAUCAGAAAAAGGCUCGAGGGAAGAUGUGCUGUCUGCUAUAUGUAUUUCUGAUUCUCCUCGCCGUCGUUUUGAUAAUCGCUUUCAUCGCCCGCUGGAAGUGAGGUUGAAACGAGGGACAGGCCCGACUAUCUGACUUGAGGCUCUUUGGCUCGACUCGUAAAUAAGUAUAUUGAUGGCUAUUGUGACUCGACCUUCGACAUUUAGGGCAGACCCCGUAUGAACCAGAAUUAGACACUCGUGCGUGCGCACAUAGACUGUCCCGAAUAGUUAAUAGUCCGGCGAUAUCUCGCUGCGAUUGCAUUAUCAAAUGGCUUAUGGCUGCACGUAGAGUUAAACUACUACUUUCUGGUGCUGGAGACCGCCUCUCGGUACCCAAAUUAAUGGAAAGGUGCCAUGGAGACAAGCAUAAGCACAGCAUCUAUUGAGCCAGACGCGUACCAGACGCGCACAUCGUAAGAACCUUGGAGACAAAUAUGUGUUGGUUGAAAUGUCAGGUUGUGCCCAUACUUCACCAGGCAGUCAGUGAGUCAGAAUGAAUAGACACGUGUACCCUUCCUCUACUUAGAUUAGCCUGGUAAAACCUUACCACGCUGCGUGCGUCGUCACCUAUUAUAAGUAUUUCGACGCCACACCGGUGCACAUGCCAGAAAGGGCUAUCAACUGGAGCUGUCUGCGAGUGUCUUACUCGGUUGUUCCACUUCUUCAACGACGUUCGUUGAUGAUCCGAGAAGCUCCAUGUCACAGGAAAGAAUCGAUUCGCACCAGCAUGAUUUACGGUGAACAACUAGUGCUGUUGAAAAUCGACAGUUAUCUUUUUGAGAUUGAAUCAUCGUGGACGACGCAGAAAAUAAUAGCCACACUAGGAUGAGUUUUAAGUAAAGGCUAGCGAUACAUUACAGGAUACAAUCAUGUCGUAAAUCUGCGCAUCUUACUAAAAUAUAUGUACCCCUGUAUUCGGCAGCACUAGUCCUUUCUUAUGGUCCUUAGAGAAUCAGUGGGACCGUUGCUGAAGCUCCGGAAAUUUCAAAGACUCUGCAUCCAAGAUAAUCGUUUACACACAAGUAUUACAUGCAUACUUUUAAAACACCACAUUUGAUCUCACAAUUGUCAUACUGUGAUAAACUAUGCAUCACACGGUUUAAAUUGC